UGUGAGUGAGUGUACGCUAUUUUUAAAGGAGUGAAUAGGGAGGCAAUUUAUUAGAUGAGAAAUAAUAGAAUAGAAUAGAAAUAUUCUUUAUUGAUCCCACAGUGGGAAACUCAAAAGGGAUUUUCCUCAAAUGUGUAGCAGAAUAAAACUGAGCCACAGUUCUGAAAAUAACAUGUCGUCACAGCCUUGGUCACUUCUAUGCCUCCUUCUCCUCUUUCUUUCUUUCAUUUUUAUUGAUUGUCUUUAGCCUUUUUCACACAACCAUCAAUGGCUUCAUCAGCCUGUUAAAGCAAUGGCAUCAAGUCAUUUAAACAUUAGUCACUUUUCCAUUACCGUUCAUUCAGUCCUGUUAAUCCUGUUAAAACCUGUUAAAGUAACAGAAUGAACCUCAGUGUGCAACGUAUUAGCCUGGAAGGUACUUCAAGUAAAGUAGCUUGUAAUGAAAAAGUCCUCCUAGAGUUAGGUUUUUCACAUGUUAAGUUUACCGUGUUUUCUCUUAUGUUUCAGGAUAUCUGUACUUGGCUUGCUGUCAAUCCACUUCUGGUCCAGAUCAUGACUGAAUGAGCUCAUUCUUCAAACCCAAUUGAUGUAGACCAAACUCUUGUUUUGCAAAGUCUGGUCUACACUCUAAGAAAUGAAACAUGGGCUUUUUAAAAAUUAAUUCAUAGUUUUAUGUUCAAUAUACUUAAAAUUUUUAAUCUUAAGGGUGUAAUUAAUAUUUUUAAAUUUCAUUUAAUUAAUUGUAAACCGUUCUAAUGUUAAAUAAUAUUGAUGUUUCCAAUUUAUUGAACACUUUUAAUUCAAUCCAAAGAGCCCUUUCCACAUCCUUUCUGAGCAUGCGCAGAGAAUGGGAAAAAAAAAUCUUCGCGCAGGCGCAUUGACCUUCUUCAUCUACGCCAUACUGUUCUUUGGCCUCGUGUCUGGAAAGAGGGAUUAAUCACGAUUCAUCCGUUGGAGUUAAGGUAAUUUCUUCCUAUUUUUAAUAGAAUAUAAUUUAACUAGUACUUUGUGAUAAUGUAUGGCGUAUAUUUUUCCGGUGAAUAUGUGGGCCGUAUGUGUUCUGUAGGUUGUAGCAUUUUGCUAGCAUUGGAAACAUUCAUUAGCAUAUUCAACGUUACUGCACAUCUGCAUUUAAAAUUUCAUUCGAACUCCGAAUAGCACACUUAUUUUAUUUGUUUUAUUGCUCUAUCAACGUUAGCCCGAACAAGAAUUGGGAUACAUGUGCAGUGAUUGUUGUUGAGUCCAUACUCGUCUGUUUCACUGAAGAGAACCGCGAGCUGGUAGUUUGCAGUGAGUCUCAAAGAGACCUCUGAAGGUGACCCCCAAUUGCCCCCAAAAAUAAAAUCAAGUAUACUGGGUGGUUAGUGCUUCGUUUGUUUCGGUUUGUGCUGGUAAAAUCAUCGUUUCUAUCGCUUCGGUGUCAAAGAUAUUGCACUUUUAUUUAAUAGGUCAUUCAGAGUUCACCAGCCCCCGGCCAAAAUCCGUGGAGUCUUGAAAAGUAUUAAAAGGUGAUAAAUCAAUUUCGGAAAAAUUAAGACCCUUAAAAGUAUUAAAGUCUUAUCACGGCUUUAUAAAGUCUUAAAUUUUGAGAUUUUUUUCUGAAUUAGCCAACAGUUUGUUUUAGUUUUAUUUUUUAAGGAACCGAGGGAGGGAGCAUAAAAGAUGAAAAAAAAAAAACUAAGCUGUUGUGGGUGUUUUUCUCUCAGAGCACCAGGGUGGACGGGGUGGAAGCUCAAAAGUGCAAAGAACGCUCUGGUGUUCCCGGUGCAUAUUACGAACGCACCUAAAUGUUAAGACGGAAGAGAAUGUUGGUGAACGUGAACGCACAACGAAAAUGGGGAAGUGCAAGUUUGCAGCGUCCUGGCUGGAUAUCCUGGAUUUCAAAGAAUGGCUGCAGCCAGUCGAGGGGAGCGUGAGGGAGGCAUACUGUACGAUAUGCAAGAAUUAAAUAAGUUUCGUGUCAAUGGGCAUAAACUCCUUAAAGUCGCACAUGUGUUGUGCUAGCCACAAAGCUGCUGCUAGCCGCCGAGAGCGGCAGCUACCCAUCGCUAGCUUCUGUGGAAAUCGUGUUGAACCACCACAACAUAGUCCCAACGUAACGUCGCUCCACGAUCGACAGUCGCACCUAGAGCCGGUCUGUCUCUGCUUCCUCAUCUUCUGCAGCCGUUAUCAGAGUGGCUCUGGGCAGCACAGCGACGCUGCAUGCUGAGGUGUUAAUAGUGUCUCCACACAGCGGAAAAACACCAUUCCCUGAACUCAAAUGAAAACUUGGCUGAAGUUUUCAAGGCUAUGUUUCCAGAUUCGGACAUAGCGAAGUUGUUCACUUGUGGCAAGGACAAAACUGGAUACAUCAUGUGAUUCGGGUUAGCACAGGGGCGUGAACUCUGAAUGACCUAUUACAUAAAAGUGUAAUAUCUUUGACACCUGUAGCGAUACAAACGAUGAUUUUACCAGCACAAACCAACACAAAAGGAGCAUUAACCACCCAUACUUGAUUUUAUUUUGGGGGGCAAGUGGGUCAUGUUCACAGACUGGGCUGCUCCGGCAUAUAAUGGUAACCCUGCUCACAGGAACAGAUUUAUGAAAUGAGUAAUAGAAAUUUUGGAGCAUUUGAAAUUUAGCUUGUAUUAUUAAUACAUUUUAAAAGAAACAGGAGUGUUCUUAAGUUUAGAUCGUCUCUGUGCUACCCCUUUGCAUGUGUCUCACUGUACACAAUUAAUUUUUUCUUGUUUUCUUUUUCUCUGAGGUUGCUGGUUGUGGAAUUUUGGAGCUGCAGAGAUUUGAGCUGUGCUCCAAAAGUGCAUGUUGAAGCCCAGCUUUCUGAUAUAAAUACGUGUGAGGUAAAGACAGGAUCAUUUGAACGAAGAACAAAGGAAAAUCAUCGGCUUCAUGUCAAGACUGCUCAAGAACAAGGUGUGAACUGUUUAGGUGUAAGAAAAUCGUGUGUUUUAACGGAUAACCUCUCGUAUUUUAAUGUUGUUACUGGUUACCCUCCCGACAUUGUGCACGAUUUCUUUGAAGGAAUUGUUCCUGUCGAGUUGGCCCAGUGUAUUGACCAUCUUGUGUCAAAAAAGUAUUUUUCUCUCGAACAACUGAACAAUCGUAUUCGUUCUUUUCCUUACAAGGAAGGAGAUAAAACUAAUCGCCCCACUGUGUUAUCAAAAGCUGUAAGUAAGAAGAAGAGACGUUCUCUUGGGGGUAACGCACAUGAAAACUGGUGUCUUAUUCGCUUGCUUCCUUUUAUCAUUGGGCCAAAUGUCCCUGCUAAUGAACCAGCCUGGCUGGUUAUUUUAGACUUAAAAGAUAUUGUCGAGCUUGUAGUAGCUCCUGUUCACAGUCUUCAAUCUGUUGCAUAUUUGGAAUGUAAGGUCUCAGAGCACCGAAAGCGUUACCAACAACUAUUUCCUAACCAAAAACUGAUGCCUAAACACCACUUUAUUGAGCACUAUGCAGAAAUGAUCAAAUGUUUCGGUCCUCUUGUGUCGUUAUGGACGAUGAGAUUUGAGGCCAAGCAUAGUUUCUUCAAACAGGCUGUUCGGAACAUCAAAAGCUUCAGAAACAUAGCCGGCUCUUUAGCUCGUAAACAUCAGUUAAUGGUUGCAUAUAGAAUGCUUUGUCCUGAUGAUGAAAACUCUACAGAUGUUACUCGCGUGACAGAAGUGCCGUUGGAUGUCCUUAAAGACAAUGUUGUGAAAAGUAUCACUAACAAACAUCCAGACGUGACUGCUGUUAACUUAGCCACUGGCGGUUUUGUGAACAAUAUUCAGUACAAAAAGGGGAUGAUUGUUGUGCACGGAUCAUGUGGUGGUCUACCAGAUUUCUGUGAAAUUCAACAUUUGUGCAUUAUUAAAAAAGAGACCCUCCUUAUUCUGAAAAGACUAAAUUCAUGGUACAUGGAGCACUAUAGGGCUUUUCACCUACAAACAACAACAGAUGUUGUUGUUGUAUCCAUGACAGAGUUGGCCGACCCAUACCCCCUAUGCGACUAUGAAGUUGGACACUUGCGGAUGGUCACCUUAAAAAGACAUAUUCACAUUGCUUGAAGAAUGGCUGCUACUUUGAGGGUGAUACUUGGAGUGGACAAUUCAUCCAAGUUGGUGCUUCCUUCUGGAAUCCCUGGUUCAGUGGACAUUUUAAAAGAGGAAAUACAAAGACAGUUUGGAUUGACUGAAGAUUUCAGGCUUCAAUAUAGAGAUGUUGAGUUUGACAAUGAAUACAUGAAUCUAACCACAACUGGGGACAUUAAAGACAAGAGUACAAUCAAAGUAAUUUACACUCAAAACUCUGAGCCGUCCACUGUGCCCACCACAGCACCCACAGCUGUCUCCAGAGAGACAUUACCACAGUUUAAUGCGCCAUCCUUGCCAGACACUGACAUCCUUUCCUCCUCAGACUCCAGUUCCUCUUGUUCAUCUCUUCGCGUGCGGAAAUGGCCCUUAAACUUUCCAAUACCAACGUUUAGUUUUGAUGUGGAUUUUCAGUUACACAGAGCCCAGCAAGAAUAUGAAAACAAUGGGACUCUCUUAGACCCGAGCCCAAAACUCAAAUCUGACAUAUUAGAUAUGUUAGCAUCAGAAAUUGCAAAAUACAAAGUUUAUCCAUCAAGUGGAGAUAUUGAUGAUGUCGCUAAAGCGUUAAUUCAAAAAUAUCCCUUUCUCAAAGAGAACGGAUCUGUGACUGGCUGUGAAGGCUGGAAAGUAAGCCUAAAAUACAAAAUGGCCAAUUACCGGACAACACUGAGAAACAUAGGGUGCCCAGAGGUGGCAAUAAACACUCUACAACACAAGAGAGAACGAGAGGAGAGUCCACGUCGAAACAACGUCAAAAAGCCACGGAAAGCAGAAGUGAACUUUUUACCACAAUACCCUGCAGGAGAAACAAACAAAAGUCUGGAGGAAGAACGACAAGCACUACUGAUUGAGGUGAAGAAAACAAACAACGAUCAAAUAAUCAAAAUAAAGAUGGAUAAGACGUUUGCACACAGAAGAAGAGAGGUGAUUGAAGAGAUGCCAUUCAUCGCAGAGUUCAAGAGCAGAUGGCCGGCCCUCUUCAAAGUACCCGAGAUCAAUGCGGAGUUCACCCGAAUCACCACAGUUCCACUGCUGUCCACAUUCAUGAGAAGUCUUGACCAGUACUCUAACCAGUUGAUGAAGAUUCUACGAAAAAAAGGAGGGGAAACAGCACGGCAGAUCACAGCAGCGUUGUCUGCAAUUUCACAGAGUUCCCGAAUCGAAGUGAAGCGUGAAUGCAUCCUUAAAGCUGUGAUUAUAUACCUGAAUGAGAACCCUGAAAAUCUCAUCAAAGAGUACAUGGAUUGCAACGUGAUGGAAGCUGAUGAGCUCGAGAGGAUGGAUUUGGGUGUUUAUAAAAUAAUCCACGAAGGAGCACAGCCUGAUGACUCCCUUGAAGAUGUUGGCAUCAUUAUCGAGAGAUGCACCGUCUUGCAGGAUCUUCACGAUGUGGCGAGCGGGUGUGCACUUUUGUUUGGGCUAAUCUAUUGCCUCAAUCUGAGUUACCCAAAGCCACUUCGCUACACAUUUGAGUUCUUCCAGAAGGUGCUCAUGGGCCUGGAAGACAAAAAACUGUCUAACAAAAUCCAAGUGCUGAAGAACAAACUCUGCCAAAAGGAGACACAAUGACUCUUCUAAAAAAAAAUGUCCCCCAAAAUAAGUGCUCUGUUUUCUUGCAGAGUAAAAAUGUUACAGUUUAAAAGUUUAUAAAUACAUAUAUGUUGAUCCUUGUUUGUAAAUAUUUUUUCAGCACUUUUAAUGUUUAAGAGAUUUACUGAAUGCCAUUUUUCUUUUGAUUGUGGAAAAGAAAACACAUUUCAGAAACUGAGUUUUUUUAAACUGGGGACAAAAUUACCCAGAUUGAUUUUUGUUGUUGUUGUUGUUUCACUUUAACAUUUCUGCAGUUUGAGUUACUGUGGUAAUUCUGCAGACUGUAGCCAUUGCAGACCUACAACUACUACACUGCACUGUCACUUGGUUGAAACUGGAAAGUUGUUUCAAAUGUUUACAUUUUGUUUUAGGCACUUCAUUUAAUGUUGCAUUAUGCAGUGUUUUUUCCAUGUUUAAGCUUUGGCUCAUUGAAAGCUAUUGUUCAAGUUGUUAAAGCAACACAAUUUUUUUCUCUUGUAUUUAUACUUAGUUUUAGCUCUGGUGUACCAAGUUUCCAUUGCAGGUCAAGGAUAUUGAGUUUUAUAAAUGUUAAAGUAUGUGUGCACAAAAAUGUGAAAGGUUGUCACCUGUACUCAAAUGAAGUGCUGGAUUUUUGGGCCUAGUAUUAAGAAUGUUGUGAGAUUUGCUACAUGCAUUUUUUUUUUUUUGUUAGAAAUACCAAAGUUAUAGUUCUGAAUCUGAUUUUUGGAACUGGGGACUAAAUCGUCCAGAUUAACCUUUUUGUGUCAUUUAAGUAUUUUAUGUAAUUGGAUUGCUGUGAUAGAUCUGCAGAUCUGACUAUAAUCAAAUGUAUUGAAUUCGGCAUCCUACGGCACACUACAGUGUCACUUUGUUAAAACUUAAAUGUUGCUUCCAAUGUUGCUCCAUUUAAUAUUGCCUUAUGCGGUGUUGUUCCCUGUAGAAGCUUUGCCUUGCUUAUCGUUAAUAAAGUUGUUGGUGCAGCA